AUGAAGAGCAUGGACAGGCUGAUGGAAAUCAAGAAAUUCUACACAGUCGACAAAGACGACAAACCCAUUGGCUUGCAUGCUCCACUUCAGCCGUUUUCUAUUGAAGAUGGAGUUAUGACUUGUGCAAUCUGCCACGGCCCACUGCGAGAUAUCACCAGAUAUGGCAGGCUUGUUAGCCGCAUGCAGUUGGAUGAGUCUACGAAAAAGCUGAACCUCUAUCACAACCGAGGAUAUUCAAUUCUAUCGGAAGAGCUCUCCCGACACGUUCAACGGCUGCAGCAGGCGAGGGCCCCUCGACCAGUCCAGUGGGCAGGCUCGCUUCAAAUCUAUGGCGUGAGGGACAAAAUCCUAAAUGCAAUGGUGAAAAUCAUGCAAAAGCUCAACCCGGGCCGCUGGGAGAAGUUGCUCGACUUCCGGAACCGAAUCACUGAGUAUCGUCGACGGGUUAAGUCUGCCGAGCAAAGAUUUCAGCUGGUCCGUAACAAGGUGCUCGCUGAACAGAGGCGGCAGCAGACACCGGGUUACUUCAGGAUCACGGUUCAUGACGAAAUCCUGCAAACCAAUGCUAUUUUGCAGGCAGAAGCGCUCGAAAUCCGCCUCGACAUCGCGCUUAUUGCUGAUCUUCUGUCGCCGGCACAUCUGUUACAAAUGGGCGAUAUGAAACUUGACCUCAAUCUACAAAAGCCUAGGGACGAAUGCUUUGUACUCGCUCGUACAGCGGAGCGAUCCGGUCGGCUGCCCCAGCAGGUGGAAGGUCAAAUCUUCAUCGCCCAGCUGCAUGCACUGGAACGGCCCCAUACAUCUCCAUCAAAUGCCCAACGCUGCCUGGAGCUCGGCAAAGAAGCCAUUGCGAAGGCCCGAUCGGUUUGCGAGGCGCAUCCCGCUCAGACAUCGGGAUUCGCCAGCGAGAUCAACGGCGCCGAAAGGAUGCUGACCGGAGUCACGUUCUACGGCGAAGUCACCAGCGAAGAGCGCAUGGUGGUGAUUAGAGCAAUGGCACGCGAGUUCCAGAGGACUUGGCAAUGA